AUGAAGGUUCUUUAUGAAUAAAUUAGAUAUGAAAAUGUAGAAAAAAGUUUACUUUCAGCAAUUUCACCUUAAAAUAUAAUUAAAUUCACAUUAAACUCAAUUUAAGGUUUUGUAGUUGAUAGAGAACGUUUUAUUGAUGGUACUCAAAAGAAAGGUAUAUCUUCAAUUCAAGUUUAUUAAUAAUAAUAUUCAAUAUCUGAGACUCAUAAAUAAGAGACUUAAUUAAAACUCUCGAUAAUUAAUCAUUAAGUAAAUCGUACUCCAAGUAAAGUUGUGAUACCUUAACAAAAAUCAAGAAUAUUUUAUUCUCCUUAGCCAAUAAUUUUAAAAUCUAAUAAAUCAGUAAUAACACCUUUAAAACAAUCAGCAGUUCUCCCUAAAUCAUAUCUUUCUCGUACUCCAAAUAUGUAGCAACCUCUAGCUCGUUCCUUUGUAAACUAUACUGAAAGCAGAACAAAAUCUCCAGUAAAAAAAGCCAAUUUAAUGAGACUUUUGAUCUAAGAUGUUCAACUUACAAUUAAUUCUGUGUAUAGUUAUCCAUAAAUUGUAUUUGAAUUCAGAGAAAGAGUAUAUUCAAACAGAAGUAGUUCAGCUUAAGACAUAAGAUAAAUGAUUAAAGAAAUAAAUCCAAGAGCUAACAGUACAGAGAAAGAAAAGAUUUAAGAAUUUAUUCAUAAGGAAAGAUCUUACGAUUAAGAAUUAAAUAAAUAAAUGGAAACAGUAAGAUCAUAAUUAGAAGGUUUAAAAAAGUAGUCUAACUUAUCUGAAGAUAUAUUUGAAGAUGCUACUUCUAAAAAAAGAUAAAGUAUUGCUGAUGAUUUAUCAGUUGGAGAAACUGGAACUUAAGAUAAAGAACCCAAUUAUCUUUAAAGUAGAAUAAAAGGACAAAAAAAACAAUUCACAAAUCCAUCAAAUGCAUCUCCUGUUAUGUCUUCUCCAACAAUAUAAAGAUUCGAUGAAACCACUAAAUUCUUUGAAGAAGAAAUCCUAAUUAGAAAUAGACAGAAAUAAGAUAGAAUUUUAGUUAGAGAAAUUAUUUUCUCCGACUCUUCUACAUAUUUAAAUGAUGAAAAUUUAUAUACAGUCAGAACUAAAGACUAAAUCUUAAUUGCAAGCAGAAUCAUAAAUGGAAUUAUUGAUCAAACUUGGGAGUUAACCAACAAUAAUAAAUAUAGAAAAGUUAUAUCAAAAAAUGAACCUAUUCAAUAUUUAGAAGAAGAUAUCAAAAUAUAUGAUGGAAAUUGUAUCAUUCGAAAGUAAGUUAGAAAAACACCAGAAAUGCUUACAAUAGGAGAAGGUAUUAAUGAGGAAUAGCCAAAUGGUGAAAUAGUCGAAAAUAGAAGAUUAGUUGAAAAUAAUGAAUCAUUAACUUAAAUGAAAGCAGAUGGAUGGAACUUAGAUAAUAUGAAAAGGCUUGAAAGAAAUAUUGGAAUAGAAUAAAUCUAAAUUCAGUAGUUAGAAAAAAGCUAAAAAAUUUUGGUUCAAAAAUUUUAACCAGAUUAAGUAAAAUAAAAUUUAAAUAAGACAAAAGAUAUAGAAUAAAAAAAUUCUAAAAUUAAACUUGUGGAAGAAGAAAUAUUAAGAUUUAAUUAAGAAACUGGAAAGGUUGAAAGACUGUUAAUAAGAAAACCAUAUAAAGAUAAUUAUGAGCAAUAAGAUAAAUAGUAAAACGGAAUGAAAGUUCUUUCUAGAAGAAUAAUUGAUGGUUCAUAAUCUCAGUAAAUUAUGUUAUAGGAUGGAUGGUAAGCCACUUCAGCAGGUCUUUUAGAAAAAGUAAUAUCAGAACAAGAACCAGAAUAGUUUGUAGAAGAGGAAAUUUUGAUUUAUAAUCCAGUAACAAAAAAAUAGGACCGAAAAUUGAUAAGAAGACCUAUCUUUGAUGAUUAAUUACAAGAAAUAAGCGAGGAAUUAGACGAAGAUGGUGAGGAGGGAAUGAAAAUAGUUGCAAGAAGAAUCGUAGAAAAGGAUGAAAAAAAAUAAUAAGGAUAAGAAUGGUUGAAAAAUUGUGAAGGCAAUUAUGAAUUAUAAAUUUCACAAGCUGAACCAACUUAAUAUGUAGAAGAGGAAGUUAUUGUAAAAGAUAAGAAUGGGAAAAUAAUAAGAAAAUUAGUUAGGAGACCAAUUGAUUAGCUCAAAGGUAAAGUAGGAAAUAAUUUAAAGGAAGUAGAUAAAAAUGGAAACAUUGUAUUAUCAAGAAAAAUUAUCGAAAAUUCAAGUUCCUUUAAAAAUUGGUAAUUAAAUGGAAAAAAUUUUGAAAAGGUUUUGUCUGAGGNUCGAAUUUUAUCAAGAAAAAUAGUAGAUAAUUCUUAAUCACUUAAUUAAAUGUAAAAAGACUGGAUAAAAGGAUAAAAUGGCACUCUUGAAAAAAUUAUAUCAUAAGAAGAGCCUGAACAAUUUAUUGAAGAAGAGAUAAUUAUAAUUAACCCUAAAACAGGCAAACAAGAAAGAAAAUUAAUAAGACGUCCCUAUGAGAAUGAAGAAGAGGUGGGAGACUAAUUGAAUGAAUCCAUAGGCAAUAACCAAAAGAUUGUAGCUAGAAGAAUAGUUUAAAAUGAUAGUUCUCUAAGUGAAUGGCAGAAAAAUUAAAAAACUGGAUAAUUAGAAAAAUUAAUAGUAUAAAAUGAACCAGCCAAAUUUAUAGAAGAAGAAGUUCUAGUAAUGAAUGAGCAGACAGGUAAGAUGGAAAGAAAACUAGUAAGAAAAUAAUAUUAGCCAGGUUCGAAUGUGGGAAAUAAUUUGUAAGAAACAGAUUAAAAUGGAAAUAAGAUUCUUGCAAGAAGAAUUAUUGAAAAUAUAUCAUCAACAUAGUAAGUAGAGAAAGAAGGAUGGAAACGUAAUCAGGGUAAUUAUGAAAAAACAUUAUCAAUUCAUGAACCAACUUAAUACAUAGAAGAAGAAAUAGUUAUAGUUAAGUAAGGAGGCAAGUAAGAGAGAAAAAUAAUUAGAAGACCUUUAAAUGAUGAUGAUGAAAAUAUAGAAGAAGGAGAAUAGCUUUUAGAAUAAUUAGGUGAAGGCUAUUAUGUGGUUUCUAGAAAAAUUGUUGAUAAUGAUUUAUCGCUAGCAUCAUCAAAUUGGAAGAAAAACAGUGACGGAAAUUACGAAUAAUCUUUAGGAGUGGAGCCUUCAUAAUAUAUUACUGAAGAAGUGUUAUAAUUUAACAAUGAAACAGGAAUGAUGGAAAGAAAAUUAAUAAGAAAACCUUAUUUAGGAGGGAAAAUUCAAGAAGGAGAGUAAUUAAAUGAAGUAGAUAAGAAUGGAAAUAAAGUGCUUUCACGCAAAUUAGAAUCCAAUCUUUAACCUAAAAUAGCAAAAUAAUAAUGGUAGAAUGUUGGAAAAUAAGAAGAAAUCAUCCUAAAUUCAGAAGAACCAGAAUAAUUUAUUGAGGAGGAGAUUAUACAAAUAAAUCCAAAAACAGGAAAACUAGAGAGAAAAAUUGUUAGAAAACCUUUAAAUAAUGAUGAAAUUGAUAAUUUACAAAUGGGAUAAAAUUUGGAACAAGAUUUAGGGAAUGGUAGACAAAUUAUUUCAAGAAAAAUUGUUUAAAAUGAUCAAUCAAAUUAAUCAUUGAAACAACAAGGUUGGGUAAAAAAUAGUGAUGGAAACUUGGAAAUACGAUUUUAACCUGAACCUGCAAAAUAUGUGGAGGAAGAAAUAAUUAUUUAAGGAGAAGAUGGAAUUGUCUAAAGAAAACUUGUGAGAAGACCUUACUUACCAUAAGAUAGUAAACUACAAACUGGAGCUGUCAUAGAAUAAGACUAAAAUGGAAAUAAAGUUGUCUCAAGAAAGAUUGUCUAAAAUAACAAACCAAUGGAUUAAACAUGGACUUAAUCAAAUAAUGGUGCUUUAGAAAAAGUAAUUUCAGAGUAAGAACCUGAAGCUUAUAUUGAAGAAGAGAUAAUUAUUAUUAAUCCAAAAACUUAGCGAUAAGAAAGAAAAUUAACAAGAAGACCUUUAACUCAAUCUGAUGUAAGAGAAAUUGGGGAAAUUGGGGAAAAUCUUCAAGAAAGUGACGGCACUAAAAAAGUGGUUGCUAGAAGAAUAAUCGCCAAUGAUUAACCAAUGGAUUAAAUGAAAGAUUGGUAACAAAAAUAAGGACAAAUGGAAAUUUUAUUAGCUUAAAGUGAACCAACUAAAUAUGUUGAGGAGGAAGUUCUUUGUUAUGGAGAAAAUGGAUUAUAAAGAAAAUUAGUCAGGAGACCAUUAACUAAAGAAAAUUCACAAAUUGGAAAUAACUUGAAUGAAGUAGAUAAGGAUGGAAAUCGAAUUUUAUCAAGAAAAAUAGUAGAUAAUUCUUAAUCACUUAAUUAAAUGUAAAAAGACUGGAUAAAAGGAUAAAAUGGCACUCUUGAAAAAAUUAUAUCAUAAGAAGAGCCUGAACAAUUUAUUGAAGAAGAGAUAAUUAUAAUUAACCCUAAAACAGGCAAACAAGAAAGAAAAUUAAUAAGACGUCCCUAUGAGAAUGAAGAAGAGGUGGGAGACUAAUUGAAUGAAUCCAUAGGCAAUAACCAAAAGAUUGUAGCUAGAAGAAUAGUUUAAAAUGAUAGUUCUCUAAGUGAAUGGCAGAAAAAUUAAAAAACUGGAUAAUUAGAAAAAUUAAUAGUAUAAAAUGAACCAGCCAAAUUUAUAGAAGAAGAAGUUCUAGUAAUGAAUGAGCAGACAGGUAAGAUGGAAAGAAAACUAGUAAGAAAAUAAUAUUAGCCAGGUUCGAAUGUGGGAAAUAAUUUGUAAGAAACAGAUUAAAAUGGAAAUAAGAUUCUUGCAAGAAGAAUUAUUGAAAAUAUAUCAUCAACAUAGUAAGUAGAGAAAGAAGGAUGGAAACGUAAUCAGGGUAAUUAUGAAAAAACAUUAUCAAUUCAUGAACCAACUUAAUACAUAGAAGAAGAAAUAGUUAUAGUUAAGUAAGGAGGCAAGUAAGAGAGAAAAAUAAUUAGAAGACCUUUAAAUGAUGAUGAUGAAAAUAUAGAAGAAGGAGAAUAGCUUUUAGAAUAAUUAGGUGAAGGCUAUUAUGUGGUUUCUAGAAAAAUUGUUGAUAAUGAUUUAUCGCUAGCAUCAUCAAAUUGGAAGAAAAACAGUGACGGAAAUUACGAAUAAUCUUUAGGAGUGGAGCCUUCAUAAUAUAUUACUGAAGAAGUGUUAUAAUUUAACAAUGAAACAGGAAUGAUGGAAAGAAAAUUAAUAAGAAAACCUUAUUUAGGAGGGAAAAUUCAAGAAGGAGAGUAAUUAAAUGAAGUAGAUAAGAAUGGAAAUAAAGUGCUUUCACGCAAAUUAGAAUCCAAUCUUUAACCUAAAAUAGCAAAAUAAUAAUGGUAGAAUGUUGGAAAAUAAGAAGAAAUCAUCCUAAAUUCAGAAGAACCAGAAUAAUUUAUUGAGGAGGAGAUUAUACAAAUAAAUCCAAAAACAGGAAAACUAGAGAGAAAAAUUGUUAGAAAACCUUUAAAUAAUGAUGAAAUUGAUAAUUUACAAAUGGGAUAAAAUUUGGAACAAGAUUUAGGGAAUGGUAGACAAAUUAUUUCAAGAAAAAUUGUUUAAAAUGAUCAAUCAAAUUAAUCAUUGAAACAACAAGGUUGGGUAAAAAAUAGUGAUGGAAACUUGGAAAUACGAUUUUAACCUGAACCUGCAAAAUAUGUGGAGGAAGAAAUAAUUAUUUAAGGAGAAGAUGGAAUUGUCUAAAGAAAACUUGUGAGAAGACCUUACUUACCAUAAGAUAGUAAACUACAAACUGGAGCUGUCAUAGAAUAAGACUAAAAUGGAAAUAAAGUUGUCUCAAGAAAGAUUGUCUAAAAUAACAAACCAAUGGAUUAAACAUGGACUUAAUCAAAUAAUGGUGCUUUAGAAAAAGUAAUUUCAGAGUAAGAACCUGAAGCUUAUAUUGAAGAAGAGAUAAUUAUUAUUAAUCCAAAAACUUAGCGAUAAGAAAGAAAAUUAACAAGAAGACCUUUAACUCAAUCUGAUGUAAGAGAAAUUGGGGAAAUUGGGGAAAAUCUUCAAGAAAGUGACGGCACUAAAAAAGUGGUUGCUAGAAGAAUAAUCGCCAAUGAUUAACCAAUGGAUUAAAUGAAAGAUUGGUAACAAAAAUAAGGACAAAUGGAAAUUUUAUUAGCUUAAAGUGAACCAACUAAAUAUGUUGAGGAGGAAGUUCUUUGUUAUGGAGAAAAUGGAUUAUAAAGAAAAUUAGUCAGGAGACCAUUAACUAAAGAAAAUUCACAAAUUGGAAAUAACUUGAAUGAAGUAGAUAAGGAUGGAAAUCGAAUUUUAUCAAGAAAAAUAGUAGAUAAUUCUUAAUCACUUAAUUAAAUGUAAAAAGACUGGAUAAAAGGAUAAAAUGGCACUCUUGAAAAAAUUAUAUCAUAAGAAGAGCCUGAACAAUUUAUUGAAGAAGAGAUAAUUAUAAUUAACCCUAAAACAGGCAAACAAGAAAGAAAAUUAAUAAGACGUCCCUAUGAGAAUGAAGAAGAGGUGGGAGACUAAUUGAAUGAAUCCAUAGGCAAUAACCAAAAGAUUGUAGCUAGAAGAAUAGUUUAAAAUGAUAGUUCUCUAAGUGAAUGGCAGAAAAAUUAAAAAACUGGAUAAUUAGAAAAAUUAAUAGUAUAAAAUGAACCAGCCAAAUUUAUAGAAGAAGAAGUUCUAGUAAUGAAUGAGCAGACAGGUAAGAUGGAAAGAAAACUAGUAAGAAAAUAAUAUUAGCCAGGUUCGAAUGUGGGAAAUAAUUUGUAAGAAACAGAUUAAAAUGGAAAUAAGAUUCUUGCAAGAAGAAUUAUUGAAAAUAUAUCAUCAACAUAGUAAGUAGAGAAAGAAGGAUGGAAACGUAAUCAGGGUAAUUAUGAAAAAACAUUAUCAAUUCAUGAACCAACUUAAUACAUAGAAGAAGAAAUAGUUAUAGUUAAGUAAGGAGGCAAGUAAGAGAGAAAAAUAAUUAGAAGACCUUUAAAUGAUGAUGAUGAAAAUAUAGAAGAAGGAGAAUAGCUUUUAGAAUAAUUAGGUGAAGGCUAUUAUGUGGUUUCUAGAAAAAUUGUUGAUAAUGAUUUAUCGCUAGCAUCAUCAAAUUGGAAGAAAAACAGUGACGGAAAUUACGAAUAAUCUUUAGGAGUGGAGCCUUCAUAAUAUAUUACUGAAGAAGUGUUAUAAUUUAACAAUGAAACAGGAAUGAUGGAAAGAAAAUUAAUAAGAAAACCUUAUUUAGGAGGGAAAAUUCAAGAAGGAGAGUAAUUAAAUGAAGUAGAUAAGAAUGGAAAUAAAGUGCUUUCACGCAAAUUAGAAUCCAAUCUUUAACCUAAAAUAGCAAAAUAAUAAUGGUAGAAUGUUGGAAAAUAAGAAGAAAUCAUCCUAAAUUCAGAAGAACCAGAAUAAUUUAUUGAGGAGGAGAUUAUACAAAUAAAUCCAAAAACAGGAAAACUAGAGAGAAAAAUUGUUAGAAAACCUUUAAAUAAUGAUGAAAUUGAUAAUUUACAAAUGGGAUAAAAUUUGGAACAAGAUUUAGGGAAUGGUAGACAAAUUAUUUCAAGAAAAAUUGUUUAAAAUGAUCAAUCAAAUUAAUCAUUGAAACAACAAGGUUGGGUAAAAAAUAGUGAUGGAAACUUGGAAAUACGAUUUUAACCUGAACCUGCAAAAUAUGUGGAGGAAGAAAUAAUUAUUUAAGGAGAAGAUGGAAUUGUCUAAAGAAAACUUGUGAGAAGACCUUACUUACCAUAAGAUAGUAAACUACAAACUGGAGCUGUCAUAGAAUAAGACUAAAAUGGAAAUAAAGUUGUCUCAAGAAAGAUUGUCUAAAAUAACAAACCAAUGGAUUAAACAUGGACUUAAUCAAAUAAUGGUGCUUUAGAAAAAGUAAUUUCAGAGUAAGAACCUGAAGCUUAUAUUGAAGAAGAGAUAAUUAUUAUUAAUCCAAAAACUUAGCGAUAAGAAAGAAAAUUAACAAGAAGACCUUUAACUCAAUCUGAUGUAAGAGAAAUUGGGGAAAUUGGGGAAAAUCUUCAAGAAAGUGACGGCACUAAAAAAGUGGUUGCUAGAAGAAUAAUCGCCAAUGAUUAACCAAUGGAUUAAAUGAAAGAUUGGUAACAAAAAUAAGGACAAAUGGAAAUUUUAUUAGCUUAAAGUGAACCAACUAAAUAUGUUGAGGAGGAAGUUCUUUGUUAUGGAGAAAAUGGAUUAUAAAGAAAAUUAGUCAGGAGACCAUUAACUAAAGAAAAUUCACAAAUUGGAAAUAACUUGAAUGAAGUAGAUAAGGAUGGAAAUCGAAUUUUAUCAAGAAAAAUAGUAGAUAAUUCUUAAUCACUUAAUUAAAUGUAAAAAGACUGGAUAAAAGGAUAAAAUGGCACUCUUGAAAAAAUUAUAUCAUAAGAAGAGCCUGAACAAUUUAUUGAAGAAGAGAUAAUUAUAAUUAACCCUAAAACAGGCAAACAAGAAAGAAAAUUAGUUAGAAAACCAAUUUUUAAAAUUGAUGAAAAUAUUAAUUAUGGAGAAGGCAUAAACGAGUAAGGAUUAGAUGGAGAGAAAAUUAUUUCUAGAAGGAUAAUACAAAAUUAAUUUUCUUCUGAUAUGUUAAAUUAAUAAGGUUGGUAGUAAAAAUAAGAUGGAAUUUAGGAAUAAACAGUUUGUCUAGCCGAACCAACUAAAUAUAUAGAAGAAGAAGUAUUAGUUAUGAAUAAAUAAACUUAAUAACUUGAGAGAAAAAUAAUAAGAAGGCCUUUAUCCCCUAAUUCACAUAAUCUUAAAUUAGGAGACUCUUUAUCUGAAUUAGAUAACGAGGGUAGAUAAGUUUUAUCAAGAAAAAUAAUCGAUAAUUUAUCUCCAGUUUAAUCAUAAUAAAAAGAAGGAUGGAAAGUUGAAUAAGGUAAGCUAACUAGAUUAGUUAGUUUCUCAGAACCAGAAUAAUUUAUUGAGGAAGAAAUUCUAAUAAUCAACCAAAAUACAGGAAAAUAAGAGAGAAAAUUAAUAAGAAAGCCAUAUAAUGUAGAUAAAAAAAUCUAAUUUGGUGAUGAAAUAGAAGAAUAGUGUUAAGGCUAUAAAGUUGUUUCCAGAAAACUUGUUCAAAACAAUAUCUCUUCAGAAGCCAAAAAGAAAGAAGGAUGGAUAACAAAUAAGGAAGGCUUAAUGGAAAAAAUAGUGGCAUCUUCUGAGCCAACAAAAUAUAUAGAAGAAGAAAUUUUAAGCUUCAACAAAGAAACAGGUUAAUUAGAAAGAAAACUUUUAAGGAGACAAAUAUAAGAUAACCUUGUUAUGGGAGAUUAGAUUUAAGAAGUUGAUCCUUUAGGAAAUACAAUUUUAUCUAGAAAAAUUGUUGAAAAUAAUUCAAACAAAGGAUGGGUUAAAUAAAAAAAUGGAACUUUAAUAAUGUAGUUGACAGAACAGGAACCGGAAUAGUAUGUAGAAGAGGAAGUUUUACUCACUGAUAAAGAUGGACAAUAAAAAUUAAUUAUUGAAAGAAGGCCUUUCAUUUAUGGAGAAGCCAAAGUUGAAAGAAAGGAUGGAGGUUUUGUUUUAUCAAGAAAAGUUGUUUAAAAUAAUUAAACGCUAACUGCGCUUAAAUAAGAAGGUUGGGUUAAAGAUAAGACAGGAAUUCUAAAGAAAGUAGGAGAUUAGCCAACAACCAAUACAAUAUUAUCUCAAUAAAUAAUUAAUUAAGAUUCUUAAUAUUUUGAAGAAGAACAUUAAAUAUUAAAUCCUAAAACAAAUGAAACUGAAAUAAUUUUAUUAAAAUUUCCUUAUAAUGUUAAUAAAUAAAUUGGUAAAAGAUUAAAAGAACAGGAUUCUGAGGGUAAUCAAAUUAUAAGCAGAAGGAUCGUUACCAAUCUUGAUUUGGAUUACAAUCCAUAUUAAUUUGUAGAGGAGAUUGUUGAAAUAACAAAUUAAAAAUCAGGAUAAACGGAAUUGUUUGCUAUUUAAAAAUAAGUUAAUAUUACUGAAGUUUAGAUUGGGAAAAAUUUAAAUGAAAAACAACCAAAUGGUUUUAUAAUAAGAUAAAGAAAAGUUAUAAAUUAAUUUGAGAUUGACAGUUUAUAGAGUUGGAAAAAGAUUACUGAUGCUCCUAAGGAAUAUUUUAAAUAACAUGCAAAUGUAAACAUUAAAAGAUCAAUGUAUUAAAUCGAUGAAGACAGUUAAGAGUAAAGAGAUUCAUAAUAUAGAUCGAAUGAAGAAUUAAAUAGUUAAGGAAUAAGAGUAUCAGAAUUCGAUGGAUCUAGAAUUGAUAAACUUCUAGUCAAUUCAGGAGAUAAAAGAAAGUUAUAAAUAUAGAAAACUUUAGAAGAAGAAAUUUUAAUUUAUAAUACUUAAACUAAAAAAAUAGAAAGACGAUUACAAAGAAAACAGAUUUAAGCUGAUUAAGAUCUAGAGAUUGGAGAAGAUUUAUAUGAAUAAGAAGAGGAUGUUGUUAUAUUGAGUAGAUAAACAGUAGAAUCAAAUUCUCCAUAAGAUCUAAUGAAAAAAGGUUGGUAUGAAUCAAGUAACAAUAUUUGGUCACGAAUUUUGAGUAAAAAUGAAACUUUUUAAAUGAUUGAAGAGGUGGUAAAAGAAGGAAAGGCGAAUAAAUAAAAAAUUAUUAUUACAAGAAAAUAAUUUAAAGAUGAAGAAUUGGUUUUUGGAGAAGAUUUAAAAGAAUAAUUAGGUUAAGAUUAAAUUUUAGUUCGAAGAAUUAAAGUAUCGAAUAGAUCUUUGUCAUUUUAUAAAAAUAAUGAAUUUACUAAAAAUAGGGAUGGAAAUUAUGUGAAAGUUAUAUUGUCAAAUGAAAAUACUAAUGUUUAAUUAAGAAUCCCUAAAUAUUAAGAACCAAAUCUAAACAAAAGUAAAUCUAGCUGUUCAUAGCUAUCUCUAAUUUAAGCUAUUGAAUAAACAUAAUUGACUAAAUCUAAAUCUUUAAUGAAUGUCAACGAAUAGCAAAAUAAAACUUCAGGAACUAAUAAAGGUUAAUAAUAAAAUAAUGAAUAAUUUAUGGAUGAUUAAGCAAUAAUUAAUAGAACUAACAUUUCUGAUAUAUCAGAAACUGAUAAAAUGUUUUUGAAACAAUUAGAAAGAAAGGAUCAUAAUAAAAAAAAUUCUCAAUAAGAUAUCUUGAGGAAUAGAGUUGGAUCGGAUAAAAACAAUAGAAGUUCUUCUAGUCCUUUCUCAGACUAAGACUAUAAUAUGAGUUCUAAUUCAAUAGUUGGUAUCAAAAUUAUAAAAAGACUACUCCAAAAAAUGAUUUUAAAUAAGUUAAAGAUUGGAUUUGAUGAAUUUAGCUUUAUAAAGUAAAUAUAUCUAUGUAUAUUUUAGUUAAAAGUAUUAGAGAUUUUCAAAAGCAAUUAGAUUAAUUAAAAAUUAUGGAACUUAAUGUGCAUUCUCUGCUUUAAACGAACAUAGGCUAAAAACUAUAAUAGAGUUCAAUGAGGAUGAUAUCAUAAAAUAUAAUUAGAUGCUUACUGAAAAUAAAAUCUAAGCCAUGGAGCAUAUUCCAGAGUAAGGUUAAUAAGCAGAACCUAUAGAGUUGAGUCCUGAUGAAAAAGGAUCUAGAACUUUAGUUAAGUCUCAAUCAUAGAUUUUACCAAAACAACUAAACUUUAGAAACUCAAUUGUUAUUACUCCAUAAAAAGACCAAUCAUAAUAAAAAUCAUAAACUUAAAUUAAAUCUGGUUAACCCGUUAGAUCUGCAUAAGCUCCAUCCACUUCAAUAAUCGUUUCUUCACCUCCUCCUUCUUAAUAAUUAGUUAGAGGGUCUAAUUCCCGUAGCUCUACUAUCAAAACUGUUGCUAGCCCUUAACCAUAGUAAUCUAAAUAGUAUAAAAUUCAAUAAUUUAUUAGCGCUGCUCAAUAAAAAUUUUCCUAACAAAGCGACGAUAAAAAAAAAAGUGGUUAAAAUACAAGCUACAGCACGCAAAAGAGUAAUCGGUAACUAGAAGUAUCAUCAGUAUUAUUUUUUAAUUAUUAUUAAGGUCAACCAAAGUUAAAAUGCUUCGUAAAUAUCUAUUUAAAAUCCAACUUAAUCAUUAGCUGCCUAGCAAAAAGAAAAAACAUAAUAAUAAUUUAAAAAAAUUGGAUCAUAUACUCAAAAAUAAAAAAAAUGA